GCGCUCGGCGGCAGCGCCACCUUCCUGCCCUGCCUCGCGCAGCCCCUAGACGGGCUGCUGCUUCCGCUGCAUUUCAACUGAGCUGCGCAGGCGGCCAUCGCCGCCGCUCUGACGCUUGCGACGUCGUCUCUCUCUGCGUCCCCAGCCCCGCGUCUUUUCCUCGCUCUCUUAGCGGCCCAAGGGCGAUCGGGGCGGAUGGCAGCCCAAAUAUCUGGGCUCACUACGGCAAGUGGCACCCCAAGACAUUUUAUUGAGCUGUGACUGAUGAAAAUUAAAGGCCAUGGAUGAAGAUGGACUUGAAUUACAACCACAAGAGCCAAACUCAUUUUUUGCUGCAACAGGAACUGAUGCUGCACACAUGGAUGGUGAUCAAAUUGUUGUGGAAGUUCAAGAAACCGUUUUUGUUUCAGAUGUUGUGGAUUCAGACAUAACUGUGCAUAACUUUGUCCCUGAUGACCCAGACUCAGUUGUAAUCCAAGAUGUUAUCGAGGACGUUGUUAUAGAAGAUGUUCAGUGCCCAGAUAUCAUGGAAGAAUCAGAUGUAUCUGAAACGGUCAUCAUUCCUGAGCAAGUGCUGGACUCAGAUGUAACUGAAGAAGUUUCUUUAGAACAUUGCACAGUCCCAGAUGAUGUUUUAGCUUCCGAUAUUACUUCAUCAAUGUCUAUACCAGAGCACGUCUUGACAAGUGAAUCUAUACAUGUGUCUGACGUUGGACACGUUGAGCAUGUGGUUCAUGAUAGUGUAGUUGAGGCCGAAAUUGUCACUGAUCCUCUGACAACGGAUGUAGUUUCAGAAGAAGUGUUGGUAGCAGAUUGUGCCUCGGAAGCAGUCAUAGAUGCCAAUGGGAUCCCUGUGGACCAGCAAGAUGAUGACAAGAACAACUGUGAGGACUACCUUAUGAUUUCCUUGGAUGAUGCUGGCAAAAUAGAACAUGGUGGUUCCUCUGGAAUGACAGAGUCGGAAAUUGAUCCUUGUAAAGUGGAUGGUUCUUGCCCUGAAGUCAUCAAGGUGUACAUUUUUAAAGCUGACCCUGGAGAGGAUGACUUAGGUGGCACUGUAGACAUUGUGGAGAGUGAGCCUGAGAAUGACCAUGGAGUUGAACUACUUGAUCAGAAUAACAGUAUUCGUGUGCCAAGGGAAAAGAUGGUUUAUAUGACUGUCAAUGACUCUCAGCAAGAAGAUGAAGACUUAAAUGUUGCUGAAAUUGCUGAUGAAGUUUAUAUGGAAGUGAUCGUAGGAGAAGAGGAUGCCGCUGCAGCAGCCGCAGCAGCCGCCGCACACGAACAGCAAAUCGAUGACAAUGAAAUCAAAACCUUCAUGCCAAUAGCGUGGGCAGCAGCUUACGGUAAUAAUUCUGAUGGAAUUGAAAACCGGAAUGGCACUGCAAGUGCCCUCUUGCACAUAGAUGAGUCUGCUGGGCUCGGCAGACUGGCUAAACAAAAACCAAAGAAAAGGAGAAGACCUGAUUCCAGGCAGUACCAAACAGCAAUAAUAAUUGGCCCUGAUGGACAUCCCUUGACUGUCUAUCCUUGCAUGAUUUGUGGGAAAAAGUUUAAGUCCAGAGGUUUUUUGAAAAGGCACAUGAAAAACCAUCCUGAACACCUUGCCAAGAAGAAGUACCGCUGUACUGACUGUGAUUACACUACCAACAAGAAGAUAAGUUUACACAACCACCUGGAGAGCCACAAGCUGACCAGCAAGACAGAGAAGGCCAUCGAAUGCGAUGAAUGUGGAAAGCAUUUCUCUCAUGCUGGGGCUUUGUUUACUCACAAAAUGGUGCAUAAGGAAAAAGGAGCCAACAAAAUGUACAAGUGUAAAUUUUGUGAAUACGAAACAGCUGAACAAGGGUUACUGAACCGCCAUCUUUUGGCGGUCCACAGCAAGAACUUUCCUCACAUCUGCGUGGAGUGCGGGAAAGGUUUUCGUCACCCCUCAGAGCUCAAAAAGCACAUGCGCAUCCACACUGGGGAGAAGCCGUACCAAUGCCAGUACUGCGAAUAUAGGUCUGCAGACUCUUCCAACUUGAAAACGCACGUAAAAACUAAGCAUAGUAAAGAGAUGCCAUUCAAGUGUGACAUUUGUCUUCUGACUUUCUCAGAUACCAAAGAGGUGCAGCAACAUGCUCUUAUUCACCAAGAAAGCAAAACACACCAGUGUUUGCAUUGCGACCACAAGAGUUCAAACUCCAGUGAUUUGAAACGACACAUAAUUUCAGUUCACACGAAAGACUACCCCCAUAAGUGUGACAUGUGUGAUAAAGGCUUCCAUAGGCCUUCAGAACUUAAGAAACACGUGGCUGCCCACAAGGGCGAAAAAAUGCACCAGUGUAGACAUUGUGACUUUAAGAUUGCAGAUCCAUUCGUUCUAAGUCGCCAUAUUCUCUCGGUUCACACAAAAGAUCUCCCGUUUAGGUGCAAGAGAUGUAGAAAGGGAUUUAGGCAGCAGAAUGAGCUUAAAAAGCACAUGAAGACACACAGUGGCAGGAAGGUGUAUCAGUGUGAGUACUGUGAGUAUAGCACUACAGAUGCCUCAGGCUUUAAACGGCAUGUCAUUUCCAUUCAUACGAAAGACUACCCUCACCGUUGUGAGUACUGCAAGAAAGGGUUCCGGAGACCUUCGGAAAAGAACCAGCACAUAAUGCGGCAUCAUAAGGAAGUGGGCCUGCCAUAACAAUACUUCUACAGACGUUUGUGGAGAUGCAGGCCUUGGAGCAGAAAAUUCAUCUUAAAGCCAAUCAGUCUUGUUCACAUAGAAUACUGUAUAUUGAUUUAUUCUGUGUACAAAUAGAGUAUUGCUUGUAGUUGACUUUUUUUUUUUUUAACAUUUUGUUCAGUAGUGUGUUCUGAAUUCUAUUCAGUUUGUUUAAUUAAUGGGGAAAAGCAGCAACAAGCAAGUUGCUUUUAAUGAAGUAAUCCUUCUAUACUGAAAUUUUCUAUUAGUUUUAUAUUUAUUUAAAUAUUUACCUUGCUUAUUAUCUUAAUGGUACUCUUCUAAGACCAUUUAACAUAAAGCUAGGGUAACUUUAGAUUGAGUCAACAUGAUUACUUUCAGAGUAACUAUUCCCCCCCCCCAUAAAUUUCUUACAAUAAAAUUGUCAGAGACAUCUAACAUAAAUGGGAGAUUUAACAGUCACAUCCAAUUAGGCUAACACGAAAGUCAUGUACUUGUCUUGCUUAAUCUUUUCAGACCACAUGACAAUGAAAGUUUCCAUUUGAGCUUUGCAUCCCUGGCAUUGCUGAGUAAAGAACAGUGGGUGGGUUUGUGUUUACUUUUCAUAUUGUUUAGUGGACAAAAUAUAUCUUUGGGGGGCUUUCUUUGGAGUAUUUACAUCUUCUGUCUGCAUAGCAAAGUCUUAGAAAACUUUAUUGACAAAUUUUGCUUGAUCCUGUUGUAUUUUGAUUAUUCUGUCUGUGCUGCUUUGUCUUGGAAUGGUUGUGUGCUACAAAUGAGACUUACUGAGGACUGCAUUUUGGAAUCUCCUAGAGGUAAUUUGUGGCUCAUAGGAUCUUUUGCAACUUUAUAUAUGUAUAUGUACCCUGAACUAUGUAUAUGCACAUAUAUAUAUAAAACAUGUAUCUGUGUGUAUUGCUUAUUUUACAUAUUUAUACACACAACCCCAAGUAGUAGUUGUUUAAAAUCUAUAAUGAAAAGUAUUAAAUUUACAAUAACAUGAAAGAUGCAGGGAUGUAUGAGAGCAUUUUGUAAAGCAUGCUCUUCAGAGAGACUACUCAGGUGAAGAAUUAGAAGGAAAAUAAGGACACUCGUAUUUUUAAAGAGUAAAGGUAUUUUCUUUUAAAUAUCUUUGGUAAUUGAAAAAUAGAAGUUAAGAUGUUUCUAGAUAGAAUGUUUUCAUACACCUUCAGCUCCAUGCCUUUAUAUUUUUCUGAAAAGUUAACGAGUAUCCGGACAGACCUUCCUCAGUUCUCUCUGAGAAGCCCCCGAGGGAACUCUGUGUUACCAAGCGAGGGAGACUAAAGAAGCUAUGGCUUCGUGUAUCAGAGAUCGGGUGCUAAUUAUGAUUUAUACUUGGCAAGUUCAGCCUACUCUGUUAUUUCUUAGUUGUAGUUAGGAAACUUUCAAACACUUAACGCUCAAGUUGGCUUUGAUUAGAACAUAACAUUAAAGGUAUGUUUUAAGUGCAUGAGGAAAAUCUGAUGCCUUAUUUGGAAUAUCACCAUGUCUUUCACUGUUUUAUUUUUCUUUGAGUUGAUUUUUUUUAAACAAAUAGUUCAGACUCAGAUUUAUGAAUUCAUAAAAGCAACGCUAAAGUUAAUUAGAAUUUGGUUAUGUUAGAAUAAAUUUUAGAGAGCAUAAGACAGUUUUGGGGGGGGGGUCCUUAAAUUGGCUGUCAGCACAUACGAGUACCUGGCACGUCAUGGGAGAUUUGGACUUUUCUUCCCACUUGAUAGCUGCCUUGCCACUUCAUUAUGGUGCUCCAUCCUCUUCGUGCUUUUAGGUUUUUACCUUUCAUCUUUCUCUUUGCCGUUGAUCUGUAUUCAAGAGUUUAUAGGAUUAGAACUCUAAAUAUCGUGUGUUUGACAAGCCUCUGAAGUACUGGAUUGAUUUACUUCAGUUCUAAGUCGAGUACUUUUAAGCUGGUAUGAACUCCAACCUGAAUGCCAGUUGAAACCAAGGCAUGGGCCUGUCCCAGUGGGAGCUCCUGUGCCCUCUUGGCCUCUAUAACGUGCUUUUUAAAAAAAAGUAACUUAAAAUUGUGUGAUUCAUUGCCCUGCAGUACUAUUCUUGAAAGCUCUGUUUUUUUGAGAACCUUUAAAAUUUCCCUAAUUUUUAAUUUUUCCCAGAGAUAAUUUAAAACACUUAAAUGAAAGUGGAAAUUUAUUAAUUUUAAAACAUCCUAUAAAAUUAAUACAGAAAAUAUAAUUGGUCAUUAUAUUUUUUUAAAUAAACUGAAAGAUAAAGAACACAGCAUUUUACACACUUUAUAUUUCUCUUACAUAGUCUGGAAUCAUACACAGUUCUUUUCUUUUUAAAGCACAAUAUUGAAACCUUUAAAAGGUAUUUAAGGGUUUGGUCAAGUGAAAAUGAUAAAAUGUAUUUGUCUGUAUAAAGAGAAAAUGAAAUUGUAGUCACUGUUAUGUACUGACAUUAGUUACAACCUAGUUUUACUUAAAACAAUUUUGAUUAGCAAAGCUAAAAAAAAAAUGGAUGUUUCAGUUAAAUGUUUUAAAGAGGUACAGAUUUUUACAAGGACAUAAUAUAAGUUAUUGUUCUGUAGAAAUAUCCUAUUAAAUAUUGUAUGUCCCUCCCUCUGUACACUUUGUAAAAAAAGUAAAAUACAUAAAAAGAAAAUCAUAUAGGGAUGUGUGACAUUAUUGUAAUUGUGUACUUGAGAAUAAUGUGCAAAAAUAAAAAUCAGAAUAUUUUCCUGUUACUGAAUGUUUAGUCUAUUUGAUACCAGUACUAAGUUAAUGCUUUUUCUUAAGAAAAAAAAAAUGUACAGUUUUUGUAAACCUAAUAAACAUCAAAAGCAGUGGUUUAUUUUCAUUUCCCCAUUUCUUAAUUCCUUUUAUGCAGCAGUGGAAUUCAAAAUGCUUGAUUGCUUUGAAUUUUAUGACUUGAAUGCAAAUACUGAUAAUAUUUCAGCCCUGCGGAUUUGCAAGUAAUUCAGAGGAGUUAAGAGGUGAUUGGUGAGUCCUUUGAUGAGCAUGUCCUUGAAAUUUAUUUUUUUCUUUUAUCUUCAUAAAGGAUUUGUUUUAUUAGCAUCUCCAGUUACCCGGAGAUAAAUUUCCCUUGCAUAAAGUGGUUUUUGAGAGCACUUAAGUUCAUUUAGUAUCAAUGCAUUGCACAUUGGGUCAGUGGGGGUUGUCCCCAUCUCCACCACAGAAAUCCUGCCCUAGAGUUUCCCCUUUGUGCCCAGUUUGGAGGGUUCUAGACGACACUAAAUACUAGAGAAUGGUCAUUGUCAUAAUAAGAGAAGUUAGGUAAAAGUUAUCAGGACUUAAAAAAGAACAAGAUAGAUUUCAGUCAUUGAUUUUUAAAGAUGAGAUCGUGCUGAUCUUCAACUAUGUAGGAAUAAGUAUUUGCCUAAUAGUUGAGACAGUAAAUAAUAAAAACUUGAGGUAAAGGAUCAAGAGGACAUGGUGAAUGUCACUGUCCAGAGCCAUAAAUUGGACAGAAAAUUGUAGCAUGCUGAGAAAUUUGGUUGUAAUAAAAUACCUGACAGAUAACAUCAUACCAGUCUGUGAUCCCAGGCAGUGUAUUACUCUGUUCUCUGGGAAUCUUAGUAUUGACAAUUUCCUUGAGCUCCCACAAAUUCUAGAAUUCAUAUAAAGAAAAUCAUGACCAAACUCUUAAAGGGUUGCUGUUUCAGAGCAAUGAUUUUCAAGUGCUGCCAAAUUCUCAGCCCUACCCAAGACCCACUGAAUCAGAAAACUGGGUGUGGGACCCAGUGAUCUUGUGUCUUAACAUGUCCUCCAAGUAAUUCUGCUGCAUGCUAAAGUUUGGGAAAUGCUGUUAUAGAGCACUUGAGAGACUUCAAAGAUUAGAAACACACAUACACACAAGCCAGAGAUAAGCAGUUAAAGGUGACAUGGGACUCAAUUUAUACCUUGGAUUUACCCCUUUUAAAGUGUGAGCCUGUUGGUCAGUGAGUAAAUCCUUUAGUCCACAUGUAAAUAGCCUGCACUUAAUCUUGUAUGGCUUCCCCUAAGUUACACUCCUCAAAGGUGGAUAAGAAUUCAGAGGAAGAGUCAGCAAGUAAAAGAGAGGGACUGGAAAGUGUGUAUGUGUUUAACUAAUUGGCCCAAUGUUACUUAAGUAAUUCAUAUCUGAAAACCCAUAUCUGUAGCUGUUUAGGUAAAGUAAAAAUUAACUUUGCCCAUUUGGGUUUUGUUUUGUCUUUUGUGUAUAUAUUGUUUGCCUUUUUCAUAAAAUAAUUCUUGGAUUUGUUAUAUAUUGUUCCUGUUAUUUUUGACAUCUGCUAUUGUUGUAAAUAAAUUCCUAUUUUGUUUUAAGUUA